AAACAGAUUAUAUGGAUUUACCUUUUGGCAACGAUUUACCUGAACUCGAUAUACUUAUUGUGGGUGCGGGCCUAGCCGGUCUAACAUCGGCCAUAAAAAUCCUAUCCAAGGACAGUUCGCUCAAUAUGCGUAUUAUAGACGAGAAUCGCAAACCAGGCGGACAACUGGGCAGCAAUGGUUCCCGCAUUGUGAACAAGGAGCAAACCGAACUCAUCGCCUUCCUCAGCCAGUUGAAUGUGGCCGUGAGACAGCGCAAUCUGAACACUGAUCAGCUGAAUCGCUGCUGGGAACUGGAUCGGGGCUUAACCUCAACGCCGGCCAGCUUUGAGCUAUGGCGCUAUAUCGAAAUGCUCGAUUUGCGCAUGAAGAAAUUUAAUGGGCUCCAUUUUCAGUUUCGCAAGCGAGUGCCAACAAUGGAACGACAUAUUUCCACCAAUCUGUUCUUCAACAAAUCGCGCCAAUUUAUGUUCAACUUGGUGCUGCUGACUUCUGGUUUGCCGGCGAGCGAAAUCAACUACGAUGAGUUCAUGUGCCUCUGCAGCAGUUCGGGUGGAUUGAGUAUCCUGGUCGAUCUAUUUAUGCGCCUGCCGUCGACUCUGAUGGAUGUGUCCUGCAAGGAUCUGCUAGAAGGGCUGCUCAAGAAAUUGAAGCACACAGAUAUCCGGAGUGGAGUUAAAGCUGUCGAACUGGAACACUUUAAGAACUAUGUGCAGUUGACGGAUUCAAAAGGGGAUCGACAUAUAGCACAAGCCGUCAUUCUGGCCAUACCAUGGAAUAAGGUGAAUCAGUUAAGAUUCAAGCCACAGCUGCCGCAGCAGUUUCGGGAUUUCUCGAGAAUCAGCCGGCAAUCCAAAUUUGUCAUCACUCAAUUUACAAUCGAUUACGAUAAAUCCUAUUGGUUAUCGAAGGGUUAUUCCGGUAAUUUUAUGAAUAUGAAACCGUUGGUCGUGGGCUACGAGCAAAAUAAAAAUGAAUAUGGCGGUUAUAUGCUGCACGAUACCGAUGUGGAGACGGCGACUGUUCGAGACACAAUCCUCGAUCUGCUCGCUGAGCAAUUUGGUAAGGAGAUGCUCGAUCCGUUGGAAUACAAAGAGGAGAUCUGUGAACUAAAUACGGCAGUGAAUAAACCCCAAACCAGGCCCUGGCAUCGCAUCGUUUGGUCCAGUUCGGCGGCAGUUGCCACCAACAAUCGCAAUCUUAUGGGUGGCGCCGUGGAGAGUGGCAUUAGGGCGGCAAUAAAUGCUCUGUUUGUCAUCCGGCCUCAGGUUGUGGGUUGGCGAGAUCUGCUCGAUGUCCAGCAGAAGGAUCGUUAUGCCGGCAUCAGUCCGGGCUAUUUCGCCAGUCUGCUCAGUCGCCUCAAUCUGUACAAUAUCACCUUCUACGGCAUCUUUGUCUUGGGUCUCAUCUGUUUGCUUAACUUUGGCUAUGACUGAAAAGGGUGCAAAAUGUUCAAAGUGUGCAAAAUGGUAUUAAAUCAAUCGGAUGUUUAA